AUGACGGGCAAAGCGGGCGCGGCGCUGGCCCCCAGCCUGCCCGGCAAGCCCAAGCCCGACGGCGCGGCCGCCGCCGCCCCGCCGCCGCCGCCCCCCGCGGCGGGAGCCAAGCCCAGCUCCGGGCCCACCCCUCCUCGCUGCACCGGCUUCGGCAUCCAGGAGAUCCUGGGCUUGAACAAGGAACCGCCGUCGCACCCGCGGGCCGCCUUGGACUCCCUUCCCGCCGGGCACCUGCUGGCGGCCCGCUCCGUCCUCAGCCCCGCCGGGGUGGGUGGCGUGGGCAUGGGGUUGCUGGGGGCCGGAGGCAUCCCCGGCUUCUAUGCGCAGCCCACCUUUCUGGAGGUGCUCUCCGACCCGCAGAGCGUCCACCUGCAGCCUUUGGCCCGAGCUCCCGGGCAGCUGGACAGCAGCCAGACGGCCAGCUCAGAUUCCGAGGAUGUCUCCUCCAGCGACCGCAAAAUGUCCAAAUCUUCCCUCAACCAGAGCAAGAAACGAAAGAAGAGGCGGCACAGGACAAUCUUCACAUCCUACCAACUGGAGGAGCUGGAAAAGGCCUUCAAUGAGGCUCACUACCCUGAUGUGUAUGCUAGAGAGAUGCUGGCCAUGAAAACAGAGCUGCCAGAAGACAGGAUACAGGUCUGGUUCCAGAACCGCCGGGCUAAGUGGCGGAAGCGAGAGAAGUGCUGGGGCCGGAGCAGCGUGAUGGCCGAGUACGGACUCUAUGGAGCCAUGGUGCGUCACUCCAUCCCACUGCCUGAGUCUAUCCUCAAGUCAGCCAAGGACGGCAUCAUGGAAUCGUGUGCCCCGUGGCUCCUGGGGAUGCACAAAAAGUCUCUGGAGGCAGCGGCUGAGGCGGGGAGGAAGACGGAGGUGGAGCGCCAGGCCCUGCCCAAGCUUGACAAGGGUGACAAGGAAGAGAGGGGCUCGGAUCCCAAAACCGCCAUUUCCCAGGAGGAACUGAGAGAAAACAGCAUUGCCGCCCUCAGGGCCAAAGCUCAGGAGCACAGCACCAAAGUCCUGGGGACCAUUGCGGGGGACACCCCGAGGAAGCCGGAGAAAGGGGAGGAGGUGGCAGAGGAUGAGAGGCAGACCGAGAAGUCCAGUGCAUCACAGAAGGAGGAGAAGCUGAUCUAG